AUGGACCUCUACCAACAGUGUAGCUACUCGGAAGUGCUUUUUGAUAAGCAAUUUGAGCAGAUACUCGGUGCUUUCCAGCGACAGGCCAUCUCGACUGUGGAAAUCCUGGCGUGUCCCGCGGCCGACCUGGCUAAAAAGGUUGGGAGAAGCGCUGCUGAAGUUUCCAGAUUGCAGAGGUCAUUGAGGCAGGAUAUCUCGCAGAAGCUGAAAGUGCGAUCAAUAUCUGUGGAUGAUGAAUUUUUCACCACUGGAGAUUCCGGUAUGGAUCUGGCUUUGGGUGGCAACGGCAUAUCCUUAGGCCAUCUGACAGAAGUCUCUGGAGAGAGUGCAACGGGCAAGUCGCAGGUGUUGAUGCAACUGGCGGUAUCAGUUCAACUUCCAAGAGAGAUGAAUGGCCUGGGGCCGAGUCUGGCAGAGGGUACGCGUAACAAUGCCCAGGUGGUUUACGUGUCGACAGAAGGAAUUCUGGAGACCAGAAGGCUGGAUAAGGUAUGUACCCACUUCACUGAGGUGCUAAAGGAGAAUGGUGUCCACGAUCCUAUGGCAUUUCCUACUACAGAUAAUGUGUUGCAGACGAUGUGCAGUGAUCUGGAAUCACAGCAACAUGUUUUGAAUGUUCAAUUGCCAGUUCUGCUGGAACAGAAACAAGGAAAGAUCAAAUUGGUGAUAGUGGACAGUAUAGCCCAUCAUAUCCGCGCGGAAAUGGAUACGUCCAAAUCAUAUACCGAUUAUUUGCAGCGACAAUUCCUAAUAGUGAAGCUGGCAAAGAACCUGCGGGAACUUGCCCUUAAAUAUAAUUUUGCAUGUGUUGUUUCGAACCAGGUCAGUGACAAGCCGUUUGACUCAGCACUAAUGACGUCUUCAAAAGAUCACCUUCCGCUUCAAUUCGAGUACCAGCUCGGUUGGCUAAGUGGCUGGGACUCAAAGGCCAUCUGGCACCGCCAACGAGGCGAUACGGUUGAAGUUGAUGGCGAAACCAGCGAGCCUUUAAAUUCGCAGGACCCAAAGCUGAAUGUCGCUGAGCCAGCAGAAGUGACUGCCGAGGAUGAAAUGGCUCCAUCUUCUUUGCCUCCACAACUCACGCUCACUCAACGGCUAAAACUUGAGUCGCGGAGCGAGAUGUUCGCAGAAAAUUCUUACCAUUAUGACUACAAAAUUCCGACAAUGGGAAUUCAGUGGACGAAUCUACUGGAUGUCAGAGUUGUUCUUUCAAAACGGCACAAACCGAUCAUAGGGUCCAACUUGAUUGACGACUAUGCUGAAGAUUUGGGAAUAAUCGCUCCACAACCUCCAAGUAACGGAUCGCAAGAUGAACCCCAGUCGCAGUCCCAAUCCCAGACCCAGACUCAAGACCGCUCUCUUACUGAAAUUCUGUCCAAUCACGAGUAUCUCAAUAAUUACAACUGGGAGGUCCAGCGCAAAAUGCGGAUGGUAUUCUCCCCAUUUGUGGAGACGGGUUUGGAACGAGAGUGUCAGUAUGAGGUUUGGAACGGAGGAGUUCGGUCAAAAGAAAGCUGA